AUGUUUCUUCCAUUCAGAGCCACGGUGUGUUUAGCCUUCAGCGCCAUCCCUGUGGUUGCGAUCCGAGCCGACGCAGACUCCUUCAAACCCCACAAGGACCUCUGUUGGAAUCCUGAUGAAGAGCCACCGGACAAGUUGGGCACCGUCACUGCCAUCAUGACGAGGAACUUGGGGCAGCAGUGCCGACAUGAGGUGCAAGGACUCAUGGAGGAUCUUUUCAAGGAAUGUGAGAAGAUAGAGGGGUUUUCCAAACAGAAAUGCCUCAAGGAACUCCUCCAGUGGUUCACAGCGACUGAGGAGCGGAACGAAGGCCUGCGGCUGAGAACCAAACUAGCUGAUGCACCUAAAGAAGCGAUGCUAUGGGCGGGCUUUCACGGUGGCGAUCCUCGAGGACUCAACCAGACGGCCUUGGAGCACUUUGCCAACAUGGUGGACACGAGCAUCGUCCACCCCAGCACCAUUCUGGGCAAAAUUGUCCAGAAGAACAACGACCUCCUUGGCUGCAGAGGCGAUCCGGGCGCUUCAGUGCCUUGCUUCAAGAGAACGAGCUGGGACAAAGGUCCGGUUGUCAACUUCUGGAUCGGCGCUAGCCGUGCCUUCGUGGAAGGCAUGGCUGCGAGAGAUCAGGGCUCGGUGGUGGCUGUCCUGAACAAAGGCCUAGAUCCAACGGAAAAGUGGUCGCUCUACAAGUCCGUGUUCUGGAAUUACGAAUUGUUCACAAUUGGAAAGGAACUGUUUGAUGGGUUUUUCCCACAGAUUCUCCUGAUCGACAUGCGGGGCACCUGUCAGAAGCUGGUCAAGCUGGUCACGGAGGAAUUGAGAAAGACGUUUUGGAGACCUACCGACACCUUGCUAAAAGCCAAGCCGAUCAUGUGCUUCGAUUGCGCCAAAGGCCAAUGUGACCUGGACGAGGCCUUGGCCGCAAGAGUGCGGUCGUGUCUGGGCAAGGACUGGCGGUCAUGGUUUCGCAGCUGGAUUCGCACACCCAAGUGUCCUAGGUUCGAGCUCGAGUAUUGGCGACACACAGAAGUCGCUGUACGAGGUAGCUAG